ACUCUUUGCUGCCCAGUGAUAAAAUGUGAGCAUCUCAACAGUUGUCUAUCAAAUAUAAGUAGACGAAGCGUUCGUCGCUCAAGAGUCAGUGAGCUUCCGAGAGUUGGCCAGACAAGAUAGUAUAGUGUGCUGCCGUCAAGAAGGUGUAGGAUCAUUUGGCGGAUAUUUCAAGUGUUCAAGUGUUUUUUUUUUGCAACUUCUUGUUUAGAUUCUUUUUUUUUUUCGAGUGAGUGGAGAGAAAGAGAGUUAAUUAAGUGGAGUGAUUUUAUGAAGAAUAAAAAAAAUUGUUAAGUGAAGAAGUCAAAAAACGAUCAAGACGAUUAAUUUUUGGGGAGAAUCACUUGAAGAAUAGCAAAAGUUCUUGGAGCUUUUUUUUCUCCAUCAUCUUCAUAAAUCCCCACAGACAUCGAAAGUGAUCGCCAAAGAGCAAUCCACAGAGGAUCAUUUCCAUCAUAUAAAAGUGUUUGAGGUGAAACACUGAGGAUCAGUUGUGUUGAGAACGACUGUGUGGAAGGGUGUUCAAUCAUGAAGUUUCUUCUGUGUCUUGUUCUUGUUGGUGUUGCUCUGACCACAUUGGUGCAGGCUAAUGAGUCACUGGGAUGCCAGACACUCUGUCCUCUCAGUUAUGCACCAAUUUGUGCCACGGAUGACUCUGGAAAUACUCAAACAUUUCCCAAUGCAUGUGCUCUCAGGACAGAGAAUUGUCUCAAAAAACAAAAUUUUCAGAAGACAGCGGAUGGACCAUGUCCCUAGGAAAGGGCUCGAGGAAGCUCAGUGAACAGUAUUGCGACAUGAAUAGUUUUUUUUUGUGAGAGAAAAAAAAUUGUUUUGAAAGAAAAAUCUCAGAACUUUUUUCCAUCAUUGAGAACAUACGAAAAAAAACAGCAAGAAAUCAUCUUCCUCGUUCACCAGAAACCUUAAACUUUGACGAUUAUAAAAUAAAACUUGUCGCAUGCUCGUGAUGAAUUUUUCCGGCCCUAUUCUCCAUCGCACAAAUAAAAAAAAAUAAAUGAAAAAAAAUCUAUAAAAAAAAACAAGGAAAAUGCUCUUCCUCAUAUUUUUCUUAGGAUGAAAACAGAAAAUGUUGAAAUAAUGUUUGAACUAUAGAAAUAAUAAGAACGUGAUUUGUAUUCUGAUGUCAUGAUCCAAAUAUACUUAAUGUGAAUAAUCAA